AUGGAAGCAGUGGAUCCGGCCGGAGAAUUCGCCGCGAACCUUCAUACGCUCGUUUCACACCUUACCGAGCGACACGAUGAUCUCCCCACCCUCCCCACCCUCCCCGCGCCCGAGACUGUCCAAUCUACCAUUGCAUCCCUUCCUGCGACACUCCCCGACGCUGGGCUCGGAACGACCGCGACCGCCUCAUACCUCCUCAAUGACAUCCUCCCUGGAUGCCUCUCGGCGCAGAACGGGCCGAACUACUUUGGCUUCGUUGUGGGCGGAGUGACACCCGCGGCCCAGCUUGCGGACAUCCUCGUUGGAGCUUACGAUGAGAAUGUGCAAGUGACCUUACCGGGCCAAACGGCAGCUACGGCUAUAGAGGCGAGGGUGUUGGAGCUGGUAUUGGAUCUGAUGGGGGUGGAGAGGGCCAAAUUUGGGGGCAGGACGAUAACAACCGGUGCGACGGCUAGUAAUGUGCUUGGUAUGGCAUGCGCAAGAGAAUACCUCUACGCCCACUCACCACAUCUGCCCAAAGACUACUCGUUUGCCCGCUCUGGUCCGCCCUCAUCCCCAAACCUCCCUAGCCCGCCCAUCAUCGUCCUCGCCCUCCACCCACACUUCUCCAUCCUCAAAGCCGCCGCGCUCGUCGGGAUCGGGUCUGGACCCAACGUCGUCCAUCAGAUCCCUUGUCAAGAGGAGGACGAGCUCGCCUUUGAUCUGGCGGCGCUGGAGAAGCGACUGGCAGAGGAGAAGGAGGUAGGAAGGGGUGUGGUGGUGGUGUAUGGCCUAGGGGAGGUGAAUACCGGCGAACUCGGGCGGGACCCACCGCGCGUGGCGGAGCUGUGUAGGACGUAUGGGGCUUGGCUGCAUAUCGAUGCUGCCUUUGGAGGAUUUGCGAGCGUCGUUCCGGAGCUCAGGCACCUCGUGGAGGGCAUGGAUCAGGCUGACUCGCUCACUCUCGACGGUCACAAAUGGCUCAAUGUCCCUUACGAUUGCGGUCUCUUCUACACCAAAUCCGCUCACGCCCUGCCGGGGGUCUUUGCGCCAGUAGAAGCUCCCGCAUACCUCACCGCCAGCUCCACCUCGGCCGGCACAGCUGGUCCGCAGGACGGGCAGGUCAUACAUGAGCAGGUCCCCAGCCCGCUCUACGUCAACAUCGAGAAUUCGAGGCGGUUCAGAGCCCUACCACUGCUGGCUAGUCUGAUGUCGCUUGGGAAGGAUGGGUACAGAGAUCUGAUCCGGCGCAACAUCAAAUUCGCCCAGUCGAUAGCGACCUAUCUCCACAAUUCACCAUUCUACGACCUCCUCAAUACCUACCCUGGCGCCGACGCGGCCAAGCAGGGCAUCAUCCCACUCAAUAUCGUCCUCUUCGCACCCGCCCGGGGUGGUAGCCUGGAAACAGGCGCGGAGUUGGCGAAUGCCAUCAAUGCGACGAGGAGGAUGUAUGUGACGGCGACGAAGUGGAGGGGAAGGGGCGCGGUUAGAUUGGCGGUCAGUAAUUGGCGGACGGGGCUUGGGGGCGAGGAGGAAGUUAAGCGGAUAGUGGGGAUUUUAGAGGAGGUCAUGCGGGAAUCUGGCAAAUCUGGGAUGUAA